ACGUGGUUCGAGAGGAUUAGCAUCAUGGUGAUCCUGCUCAACUGCGUGACGCUAGGCAUGUACCAGCCCUGCGAGAACAUCGACUGCACCUCGGACCGCUGCCAGAUACUGCAGUCUACCAAAACUCCUCGUGUCUUCCUUCCUUACGUGAACAGGUCCCUCAAGCGGGGGUCGCCACAGAUGGUAGAGUACUCACUAGACCUGCAGAACAUCAACCUGUCGGCCAUUCGAACAGUCCGGGUUCUUCGACCACUGAAAGCCAUCAACAGAGUCCCAAGUAUGCGGAUCCUGGUGAACCUGCUGCUCGACACUCUGCCCAUGCUGGGUAACGUGCUGCUGCUCUGCUUCUUCGUCUUCUUCAUCUUUGGCAUCAUCGGCGUGCAGUUAUGGGCUGGGCUGUUGAGAAACCGCUGCUACCCGGAGGAGAACUUCACCCUCCCUUCGGGAAUGACCCUGCCGGCUCCGUAUUACAGACCAGAGGAAGAUGAUGAGCGUCCUUUCAUCUGCUCCCUCGGCUCAGAUAAUGGCAUCAUGUCUUGUACUGAUGUGCCAGCAAGACGUGAAGGAGGACGAAUAUGUUGUCUGGAUAAAGAAGAUGCUCUGCACAGACAAGCUCUGGGUCUGAGUCCCGAGCCUCUGGCCAACGGCAGUGGUGCUGGUGAGGCUCUGGGUCUGUGCAUCAACUGGAACCAGUAUUAUACUCGGUGCCACACUGGAAACAAUAACCCUCACAAAGGGGCCAUCAACUUUGACAACAUUGUUUACGCCUGGAUCGUCAUUUUUCAGGUGAUUACCUUAGAGGGCUGGGUUGAGAUUAUGUAUUACGUGAUGGAUGCCCACUCCUUCUACAACUUCAUCUACUUCAUCUUACUCAUCAUCAUCGGUUCAUUCUUCAUGAUCAACCUGUGCCUGGUGGUUAUUGCCACCCAGUUCUCUGAGACCAAACAGCGGGAACACCAGCUGAUGCAGGAGCAGAGGGCGCAGUGCCUGUCCUCCUCCACCUUGGCCAGCAUGACUGAGCCAGGAGAUUGUUACGAAGAGAUCUUCCAGCUCGUCUGCCAUGUCCUUCGCAAGGCCAAGAGGAGGUCAGCAGCUUUCUACUACACUCUGAGGGGCAAGCCCCCACCAGCUAGUGGAGGCAGGGGCAACAGACGAGGUGCGGGGAACGUGAACGGAGAGCAGCAUCAUUUCAGGCAGCCAAGAUCAACCAAAUGUCCCCACCAUAACAAACAGGACCACAGCUCACAGACACAAGCCAACUCCAUCAGCCUGUCUGUCCCGGACAACCCCCAGGACUGCCCUAUCUGUGCGUUAUCUUUGAAAGAAGGUGCAAGGACUGUGGGAGAUUUGGCUAAUGGUGAAGAAAGUGAAGGGUAUGCUGUGAAAGAAACAGACAAAGCGGAGGACCACUUAGAGGAGAAGGAAGAUGGGAAAAGGAAGAAGAGGAGGAGGACAUGCUUUGGAAUGUGUAAGGCUCUUUGGACAGAUAUGAGGAGGAGACUGUGGGGGAUUGUGGAGAGCAAGUACUUCAGCAGAGGCAUCAUGAUCGCUAUUCUCAUUAACACCAUCAGCAUGGGAAUCGAACACCAUAACCAGCCUGAAGAGCUGACCAACGUCCUGGAGAUCUGUAACAUUGUCUUCACCAGCAUGUUCACCCUGGAGAUGAUCCUUAAGCUCACAGCGUUUGGCUUCUUUGAGUACUUGAGGAACCCGUACAACAUCUUUGAUGGCAUCAUUGUCAUCAUCAGCGUGUGUGAGAUCAUCGGACAGGCAGAUGGCGGUCUGUCAGUGCUGAGGACAUUCAGGCUGUUGAGGGUCAUUAAGCUGGUGAGGUUCAUGCCUGCACUGAGACGGCAGCUUGUGGUGCUGAUGAAGACGAUGGACAAUGUGGCCACCUUCUGUAUGCUGCUCAUGCUCUUUAUCUUCAUCUUCAGUAUCCUGGGAAUGCACAUAUUCGGAUGUAAGUUCAGUUUGAAGACGGAGGCAGGAGACACAGUACCUGACAGGAAGAACUUUGACUCCCUGCUUUGGGCCAUCGUCACUGUCUUUCAGAUUCUCACUCAGGAGGACUGGAACAUGGUGCUGUACAAUGGCAUGGCGUCCACUUCUCCCUUUGCUGCGCUCUACUUUGUAGCCCUGAUGACUUUUGGAAACUACGUGCUCUUUAAUCUGCUGGUUGCCAUCUUAGUUGAAGGUUUCCAAGCUGAGGGCGAUGCAAACCGCUCUUACUCGGACGAUGACAGGUCUUCCUGUAAUUUUGACGAGAACGACAAGCAAAAAGACUCCCUGCACCUCUCGGACCCAAAGAUUUGUACCCUGACCCCAAAUGGGCAUCUGGACCCAUCUAUGUUGCCCACUGGUCUGUUUCCUGGAGAGAAGUUGACCUUUACACUUGGCUCAAGACAGAAUAGUGUGAUUUCUCUGGGCAGGGCUGACCUGGAGAAGAGGGCUGUGUAUCCAGGUAGAGGUUACCACAACUGGGGUCGUCCACUCCCUCCCCAGCCUAACCCCAUGUGGGCUCGUCGUUCCAGCUGGACCAGCCUGGGAGGCCGACCCUGCUCCUCCUCAUCACCCACCGCCAGUCCUGCCUUCACUCCGUCUUCCACAAGGCCCUUCUAUGGCUACGGACUUGGAGGUCUCGGGCAGGUGGUCGGAGGAAGCCUUCGCAUUCGUGGUCCUCGCGCAUCCUCAUCCCCUCAGCAUCGCCACCUCCAUUAUAUCCAUCCAGAUGAGGAGGAGUCUCUUCUCUCUUCCCCUGCUGUUGCUCCUCACUGUCUUCAACUUCCCCAGCCGAAGCUUCGUGGAUGUUUUGCCCCUUGUAGGGACCGCAGAGCUCUUUCGCUGGAGCUCCCCCACGUGCUGCAGGUUCAAGCUGGACCCCAAGAACCCCAGCAGCUGCUGCACCACAGGAAAAAGAGCCUCUCUGGGGGAUUGGUUAUUAGCUGCAGUGGUGACUUAGAAAGAGUUCACCAGGACUGCAAUGGGAAAACCCCACUGUCACACCUACGGCUGCCUUUGAGACGGCAGACACAGCAGACUAGAAGGGAAAACCCAGAGAGUCACCUGAUAACUGACGUCUUCCCCCAGGUUAAUGAACGCAGCAAGGACAAGGAAGACCUGGACGAUGACAUCGAUUAUAGUUUGUGCUUCCGCAUCCAGAAGAUGUUAGAAGCAUACAGACCCGACUGGUGUGAGACAAGAGAAGACUGGUCCGUCUUCCUUUUCUCCCCACAGAACAAGUUCAGACUGAUGUGUCAGUCCAUCAUAGCCCAUAAGCUGUUUGACUAUGUGGUUCUGGUCUUCAUCUUUUCCAACUGCAUCACAGUGGCUCUGGAGAGGCCCAAGAUACUGCAGGGCAGCCUGGAACGAGUCUUUCUCACCAUCUCCAACUACAUCUUUACAGCCAUUUUUGUGGGCGAGAUGACACUCAAGGUUGUUUCCAUGGGUUUCUAUAUAGGCGAACAGACUUAUCUGCGGAGCAGCUGGAAUGUUCUGGAUGGAUUCCUGGUUUUUGUGUCGUUGAUUGAUAUUGUUGUGUCCAUGGCGGGAGGGGCAAAGAUCCUGGGAGUGCUCCGGGUUCUUCGGCUGCUCAGAACACUGCGUCCACUCAGAGUAAUUAGCAGAGCUCCUGGGCUGAAGCUGGUGGUGGAGACUCUCAUCACAUCUCUGAAGCCUAUCGGCAACAUCGUCCUGAUUUGUUGUGCUUUCUUCAUCAUCUUUGGGAUUCUUGGAGUUCAGUUAUUCAAAGGAAAGUUUUUUUACUGUCUCGGCCCUGAUGUUAAAAACAUCACCAACAAGUCCGACUGUCUGCAAGUCAACUACAAGUGGGUCCAUCAUAAGUACAACUUUGACAACUUGGGACAGGCCCUGAUGUCCUUAUUUGUACUCGCCUCCAAAGAUGGAUGGGUCAACAUCAUGUACCAUGGCCUGGAUGCAGUGGGAGUUGACCAACAGCCGGUAACCAACAACAACCCAUGGAUGCUGCUGUAUUUCAUCUCCUUCCUCCUCAUCGUCAGCUUUUUUGUCCUGAACAUGUUUGUCGGAGUGGUGGUGGAAAACUUCCACAAGUGCCGGCAGCAUCAGGAGGUGGAGGAGGCCAAGAGGCGCGAGGAGAAGAGGCAACGGCGCAUGGAGAAAAAGAGGAGGAAGGCUCAGAAGCUGCCCUACUAUGCCAACUAUGGCAACAUGCGCCUGAUGAUUCACACACUCUGCACAAACCACUACCUGGACCUCAUCAUCACCUUCAUCAUCUGUAUCAAUGUGAUCACCAUGUCCCUGGAGCACUACAAUCAACCUCGUUCUUUGGAUCUCGCCCUCAAGUACUGCAACUAUUUCUUCACCUCCAUGUUUGUGCUGGAGUCUGUAUUAAAACUCAUCGCCUUCGGAUUUCGACGCUUCUUCAAAGACAGGUGGAACCAGCUGGAUCUGGCCAUCGUGCUCCUGUCAGUGAUGGGCAUCACUCUGGAGGAGAUUGAGAUCAGUGCUGCCCUGCCCAUCAACCCCACUAUCAUCAGGAUCAUGAGGGUCCUGAGGAUAGCCCGAGUGCUGAAGCUGCUGAAGAUGGCAACGGGAAUGAGAGCCUUAUUGGACACAGUGGUUCAAGCCCUGCCUCAGGUGGGUAACCUGGGCCUGCUCUUCAUGCUGCUGUUUUUCAUCUACGCCGCCUUAGGAGUAGAGCUUUUUGGAGAACUUGUUUGCAAUGCAGACUAUCCGUGUGAAGGUAUGAGUCGACACGCUACCUUUGAAAACUUUGGCAUGGCCUUCCUUACUUUGUUUCAAGUCUCUACGGGCGACAACUGGAAUGGCAUCAUGAAGGACACAUUGCGGGAGUGCCCACCAGACCAUAACACUGAUGUGGACUAUGCCUGCAAUCCAAGCCUUCAGUUUAUUUCGCCCAUGUACUUUGUCUCCUUUGUGCUCACCGCCCAGUUUGUGCUCAUCAAUGUGGUGGUGGCCGUGCUGAUGAAGCACCUGGACGACUCCAACAAGGAGGCCCAAGAGGAGGCGGAGAUGGAUGCAGAAAUUGAGCUGGAGCUGGCCCAGGGCACCCUCUGUUGCAUGGGCGCCCCCGGUUGCGGGGGUGGGGGGGUGGACAAAGGACUGCUUCCUGUCGGAUCGGUUCCCGGAGGUCCGACAGGGCGAAAGGAGAAAGUAGGCUCCAGAGGGGAGAAAGGAGAAGGAGUGAGGAGGUUGCAACAUGCCGUAACCAGCGCGCACAUGGGACCGUACAACUCCUGUGAUUCCAACCGCUCAUCGUACUCUCCAGCACAAGAGAGCCAGUGGUUGGACAGCGUAUCUCUCCUAAUCAAGGACACGUUAGAGGGGGAGAUGCUGAUGAUCGACAACCUCUCCGGCUCUGUCUUCCACCACUACUCAUCUCCGCCACCUGUCUGCAAAAACUGCAAGGGCCAGCAGCCAGAGCAGAUCAGAAUGGCAGAGAUUGAGCAAGCGUCGCUGAAGUCGGAGCAAAUCUCAGACAAAUCCUCGUCCCCUGCGUUGCCAGAUGACCUCAGCCUGGACGAACAUACAAUCUAUCAGCUGUUGUCCCAGGAGGGAAAGGGAAGGUGCAGUAGUGAAAGCUCUGAAGAUGCUGGGGUAGAAGAGCACCAUAAUGGAGGUCACCAGACUCAGACAGCAGGGCAGGUUCAGGUGCAGGGGCCGAGCCUGCAAAGCAAAGUCCUUAGCACUGGUACUGAGAUGGAGACUGUGCUGCAAGAGGUGGAAAUGCAAACAUACCAACAGCAUAAGUGCUCACCUCAGUGCAGCCCUGAUGGUGGGGUUUCCAGCAUCAACAGUAAGGAAAGAUAUAAGGAAGAAGAUGGAGGAGGAGGAGCCAGUGGUAUUUCUACCCUCUUCCAUCUGCCUACAGAGUUCUUCCACUCUUCAGGUGCAGCCAUCUCGAUACCUUCCCGCAGUAGGAGCCUGCGUUUGACAAGGAGCCUUAGACUGACCUCCCCAUCCUCCUGGGCCUCAUUCCGCUCCCAUGGAGCUCACAGAAAGAUGCUUUGUGCGCAGUAUCCAUCUCACAGUGACUCAUCACUUGCUACUGGCAGCUCUGAAGGCAGCCUUCAGACCACUCUGGAAGAAGGACUGAGCUUCAGUGUCUCUCCACCACAAAACUUGGAUUUGCCAACAGCUUCCUUAUCACUUUUAUCCCCUAUCUUGCAGCCUGAUGAUGGAAUGAACAUUUCGUCUUCGGUUCAGACCCAAAAGCCAAGGCCAAACCCCCAGUCUGCUGUGACCCUUCUGGCCACCAGGGGUCACCAGCGGAGCCAGAGCAGCGGGCGAGGCAGCACUAGCCCAGGCUACAACCGUGAUGACUCUAUUGACCCUUCAGAUGAGGACUUGGGCAUAGGCAUUGGAUCAUCUAUCGGUGGUUGUGGCUCCAGUCAAGCGGGUAACAGUGAACACUUGUCAGAGACAAUGAGCAGCUUGUCCCUGACAUCACUGCUGUUGCCCAGCUCCCUUGUGUGCCUUGGAGUGCCAGUAAAAAAGUGUAACAGCACAGGUAGCCUUGACAAAGGGGGGAUGCUGCUGUCUUCCCGGGGAAGGGAGGGUCGUAGAGAGAUUUUAGGCCUGGAGCUUAUGGACCCCCAGGGCUUCAUGGCCAACCCUUGGACAGGAGUAUUAUUAAAUACCAGAAGAGAAGGAAGAGAGAAAAAUGAAGAUGGAGAGCAUGGUUUGAAAGGGAAGAGCUCAAGCCAAACAACAGUAGGGUCUUGUCGAAAAACUAGAUGAAACUUACUGUUUACUCUUUGUCUUUCCAUUUCUUGGAACUAAAAACCAUUGCUGUUCCUCUUACUCUCUCUGCUUCAUCAGUGAGACAGAGGUUUAAUAACAUGUGAUGCCCAGUAUUUCAGAACCAAACCCUCAUCUUUCCAUUUUAGCCCCUUUAUAAACAUUUCUGACAAGUUCUUUAUUUUUUAUCUUUGCUAUCUUGGAUAAUGGGCUUGGUUUUGGUUAAGGAUGAGGGGCUGGCCAUAAUAGUUAAGGCCGAGGGGCAGCGGAAAGACCCUUCUUCCUCGUAGUUCUGGAGGACAAUGAGAGAGGUUCUGUUCACACUGGAAAACCAGGAGGUUUUGUGAUACCAGAAAGUCAGUAGAAGAGGAUACAAAGAAGCUUAAAGAAGCACCAGGAGAGUUUAAUUUUCUCUGACUGCACAGGUUCCAUGAAGCUGAAACUACAAAAAAUAAAAUCAAGAAAAGUCAACAUAAUUAUCUAUCUAUGCCAGGAGGGGCUUUUAUAAUUUGUCAGUCUCUCAAAGGCAUGGUACAAGGUUAGUAAGGAAAUAGCCUAUGGUGAUGGAAUACAGUACAUCA